AUGGCCGCGACGUCAAAGUCGUCCCAUUCGUCUCCCUCACCAGAAACAAUAACCAAUUCGCCGCACAUAGUCCGCGAGAGUCUCAAGCCUGCGCCCGACAGCUCAUCCACGAAACCCUCUUCCUUGGCUGCUCUUCGGCCCGAGCCCUACGCUGCUACUGCUGCUCCGACAGGCUCCAACAGCAACAGCAACAGCACCAAUCGGCCGCAUCAUUCGAGCCAGCCAUCCAUCAGCUCGCAGAGGUCGGGCGGUUUACUCGCUUUUUUUGACAGGACUAUUGCGGGCAUCGGUGAGCCCAAGGUCCGGCCUCGCCGGUCGCUCAGUCGCAUCUCGACCGGCCCCGAGCAGUCUCUUACGAGCGGUCGAGCCAGCCCGGAUCGGUCUUCUCGCGGCGCCAGGCCACAUUCCAAUUACGCGACGCCUGCUUUGCCAUCACCCGUAGACGGCCGCCAGCCAAGCCCGACUCUGGUGCCGGGGACACCGCCUUCGCAGCCGUACACUGAGACGGAUCCCUCGCACCCGCAGCCGACCCACGUUUCUCGCCUCGACAACAAGAUGCACCAAACAUCGUCGCGGCUGUUACGCAUGACGGACGAUGACCGUCCGUUUACCAGGCCGUCCAGCAACGCUAACCGGAGAACCCAGGAUUUCAAAGACCUCUUCUCUACUCUGAUAGUCAGCCUCCUGCCACUCUCAGCACACCGUGUACGAUUAACCAAGGUCGAACACACGUUUCUGUCCGAAGAUGCCAUCAACAACUUGGGCUCGCUCAAAUUUUCUCAGUCGAAUCGCAUGCCUGAUCCAAAAGACCCAUCCAGGAUCGUGACAACGACGACCACCACCACUUUUUCAAUGGCCAAGGACAUGGCUAGAUCGAUAUGCCAGCGGUUCCUUGAGGCGAGGUUUAUUGAGUCUGCAGACGGACGAUACCAACAAGUGUAUACCAUGAAAGGCUCAGUCUGGCAACUGACCCCGAAGGGGAUUGCAAUUCUGGACCGGUUCUGCUCACGAAACGGCAUCCAACAAAGACAGGUGGCCGAGCUCGUUGGCACUUGUAUGCCGCAGCUGGUGUCAUUGGAACGGGAUGGGCAGACAGACAAGCUGCUAACCGACCGGGGCACAAUUGAAGUCAUCUUCCGGAGAUUUAUCGGCGCCAAUGGUCCCAACGUCAAGUCCAGCGUCAACUCGGCCGACUCAGAUUCUUUGAGCGACUACAAGGAUGGUCUCACAGGGGUCAAAAUGGCGGCCGAGCGCAAAGUGGGCGGCAAGACGGUCAAGGACACGUUCACAGGCAAGGCGGCGACUGAUUGGCUGAUGGACUGCUGCACUACCGUUGACAGGAGAGAGACAAUUGAGAUUGCUUCACUCUUCGUCGAAUACGAACUCAUGGAAGCUGUACAACAAGACCGGGCCCAUAUGGCCCAGUAUCCGGCCCACAAUCUUUUCCAGCCCACAAAGCACGCCAUUUACCAGGUCUCAGCAAAAGGUCGGGAUAUCAUUAACGGCGCCGUAGCUAGAGGGCGGGCAUCAGAGAGCGAGGGCGUACCUGGAUCGCGGUCCGCCGGAAUUGCCCGAGAUUCCAACACGCAACGGCUGGACAAAAUACUGAAUGACCCGGCUCUGCGUUUACUCUUCCGCGAGAAUCUGCGUGAGACUCAUUGCGAAGAGAACCUAUCCUUUUAUCUCGACGUCGACGACUUUGUCCGGCAGUGCAGGCAGGCCAUCCGGUCCGCGCAGAAGAACCCCAGCAAUGCAUCGUCCUUGGACGGGAUCAAGGAAAUUAUGGCGCAAGCAUAUGGCAUUUACAACGCUUUCCUGGCUCCUGGUUCCCCUUGCGAGCUCAACAUUGACCACCAGUUGCGAAACAACCUGGCGACUCGGAUGACCAAAGCAGUUGGGCAAGAUGUUGCCAUGAUCGACACGCUACAUGAAGUCACGUCUUUGUUUGAGGAUGCUCAAAACGCUGUCUUCAAGCUGAUGGCCAGCGAUUCUGUUCCAAAGUUCCUCCGGAGCCCGAAAUACGAGCAGACGCUUAAAAAUUACGACUUUGAUGCCGUCUCGACCAACCCAUCUCAAGGGCGUGUUCCUGAGCGAAGCCAGAGCAGAUCCAACCGCAGCUGA